AUGAAGCUGCUCGAAAAACGGGUUCUGAACGACGUUGAUGAGUUGCGGCAGUUGCUGGCCAAGACUCAACCUGGGAAGACCCAUUUGUCGCGUCCUGCAGCUGCUGAGGACGGACUCCACUCGGUGCGGAUCACCCCGCCCUCUCCGAGGCACACGACGGCCGACGCGACGGAGAACAGUGAAGAAGAUGUCUUUGACGUGACGGACGUGCGCACUUGGCGCGGUGCCCUGGACGGCCUCUCGUUGAUGGAGGUUGAUAUCGCCCUCCGUAAGCUGUUCUUCGAUGGGCAGCUUAACGCCCCAACCGCCGAGGCGCAAGGGUGUUACUCCUCUCUUCGGGACUGGGUUCAGAGUGCCCAGCAGAUGCCCAGCCUUUUUGAGUAUCAGGCCACCCAAUGUACCGACCAUGUGUCUCGGCUUAUCGUGGCACUGAAAUCGAACACCUUCCCCGAGUUGACGUACGCCAAACUGGCGUCGGCCAGGCGGGACAGGGUCAAUGGCAUGGACGCGUUGAUGGGUCUCGUUAAAGCCGUGGCCCCAGCCAAAAAAGAACAGUGUUAA